AUGUACAACAUUCUUUCUCUAAAAUCUGUGAAAUAUGGCAGUAUUAACCACAGUGCCAUUCUACACAUCUGUCUUUACCAUUUAACAGCUCCAAACAGUCAAGGCGCGCUUGAGCAGCUUGCAGCCUUGACAGGAGCAAGUCGUUCCAUCUCCUCCGCGGCGACUAGAGAAGUGGUUUCUUCAGAGCAGCUGGGCGUCACAGAACCUAAGGUUCACAGUGAUAUCCCUAUUGCUAACGCUGAUGAGCGCAAAGUAUCCAUUCUAUGGGGCCCACAGCGUUGGUCUAGAUUUCACCACAUCUGGUUGCGCGACCACUGCAGAUGCCCAGACUGUUUUCACCCGAUAACAAAGCAGCGACUUCUCAACACAUUUGAGAUUCCAGCUGAUAUCAAACCGCUACAUGUACAAGGCUCCACAGAUGGCCUCGAGGUUGUCUGGCCUGGAACUAGCACCGAAUCUCACUCGUCGGUAUAUCCAUGGACAUGGCUACAAGCCAACACAUACGAUCCAGCUCUUCAAACAACGCCAACUCGGAAAGUCCUUUGGGGAUCAAAGAUUGAGAAGUCUCCACCCUCCGUGACUUAUACCGAGGUCAUGGACGACAAGGGACUGCACAAGUGGCUAACGAAUGUUGAAACGUUUGGCUUUUGCUUUGUCUCAGGGGUCCCCGCAACACCUGAGGCCACAGAGGAACUAUGUGAACGUAUCGGUUUUAUCAGAGAAACCCAGUAUGGGAAGUUUUGGGAAUUUACUGCUGAUCUUUCAAAGGGAGACACUGCGUACACCACAAUGGCACUAGGAGCACACACUGAUAACACCUAUUUUACCGACCCUUGCGGCCUUCAACUUUUCCAUCUUCUAUCACAUACCGAAGGCUCUGGAGGAGCAACGCUUCUCGUAGAUGGUUACUAUGUCGCCGCCCUCAUGAAAGAGCUACAUCUGAAGUUCCACGAUCUUCUUUCCCGUGUGCCCAUCCCAGCUCAUGCAGCAGGGGAACCGUCAGCACUGUACACUCCGAGUCCACCUGCAAUGUACCCCCCGUUGCGAUAUCACCCGAGCACCAAAGAACUUGUGCAGGUACGGUGGAAUAACGAUGAUAGAAGCGUGAUGAGCCACUUGCUACCAGACGAAGUGGAGGAAUGGUAUCAAGCGAUCAAGAUUUGGAACGAACUCUUGACGAAACCUGAUUCAGAGUAUUGGGUCCAACUCAGUCCCGGCACUGUAUUAACAAUUGACAACCACCGCGUGCUUCAUGGCCGAUCCGCUUUUGACGGUAAGCGCCGCGUGUGUGGUGCCUACAUUGGCAUAGACGAAUACCGUUCGAAGCUCGCUGUCCUUAAGGAGAAGUUUGAUGGCACCGAUGACAACGGCGAGAACAAAGUAUGGAGACCUGAGGAUAGCAGAAGUAUUUGGAACUCCAAUCUAUGA